AUGGUGCAGGGUGUGGCUUUUGGACUGCUCGGGCUAGCUGCCUCUGCUUUGGGCACUUAUGCGCCCUACUACGCGAAUUUGACAUGGGAGCAACCACGGACUCUGUCCAACUGGUCCAACCUUACCGUCGAGACACGGACAGGGACGUUCAUUGGUAUGCUCAAUGACACUUACCCGGACGUUCGACAGUUUCUGCGAGUUCCUUAUGCCAAGCCUCCUAUUGGGGACCUAAGAUGGCUUCCUCCUCAUCGGCUUGACAACUCAAGCAGAAAAUAUGACUCCACCUUCUAUGGCCCAGCCUGUCCACAGUAUGUUCCAGCAGAGAGCGAUUUUUGGAAUGAAUAUGAACCGGAGAAUUUGCUGCUCAAUGUCGGCGAAAGGCUCAACCAGGGCUCUACGGCAUGGUCCUCGUCAGAGGAUUGCCUGUCCCUAGCGGUGUGGACUCCAUCGUAUGCUAAUGAGACAUCCAAGCUGCCAGUUGCGCUGUUUGUCACGGGAGGUGGUGGCAUCACAGGGGGUAUCAACAUUCCGUCCCAGCUGCCCUCUGCUUGGGUAUCUCGGUCUCAGGAGCAUAUCGUUGUUACCAUCAAUUACCGCGUCAAUAUUUUUGGCAAUCCCAAAUCGCGUGCGUUGAAUGAUACGUCGCUUACGCUGAUGGAUGUGCGCGCUGCUGUGGAGUGGGUAUAUGAGAACAUUGAAGCGUUCGGUGGUAAUCCCGAAAAUAUUAUGCUAUGGGGACAGUCACAAGGUGCUUUGCUGACGCAUCUGUACACUCUCGCAUGGCCAGAAGAGCCUCUUGCCGCCAAGUUCGGCGUCAUCUCCCAAGGAGCAUCUGCCACACUCAACCUCUCUACCACGCCCGAUGUGUACCAAGACUUUGACAUCGUGGCCAAGGGACUAGGCUGCAACUACGGUGAUAAUGCCGAGGCCGAGCUGGAGUGCAUGCGUGGGAUUUCCUGGGUGCAGAUCGAGGAGUAUAUCAACCGCUACAAUAGCUCUCCUUCUAUUGCUUUCACGAACUAUAUUCCCGAUGAGAAAUACAUCUUCUCCGACGAAAGACAGCGUUACCUUGAGCGGAAGGUUGCCCGAGGCCCGUCAAUUCGAUCUGACACGGCGCGAGAAUUCCCUAGCACAAACACGACCUCAGUAAAUAUCGAAGAAGGCGAAUCAGACUGUCUGGCGGUGACUGACCUUGCGCUACGUGCGUCCAUUGGGCUCGAGACCUAUCGCUACUACUGGGCUGGCAACUUCUCCAAUAUCAGUCCCGUACCGUGGCUAGGAGCAUUCCACUGGACCGACCUGCUGAUGAUCUUCGGUACGUAUAAUCUGGACGUCGGCGAGAUCUCGCAGUUGGAAGUCGACACCUCUGCCACGAUGCAAGAUUAUCUACUGGCCUUCCUAAAGGACUCAUCCACCGUCAGCGAGACGGUCGGAUGGCCGUUAUAUCUAGGCAACGAGACCAACGGGGGACUCAUCCUGGAGUUCGGUAACGGCACAGCAGUGCGGACCAUCACAGGCGACUGGCUCGACGCGGGAUGUUUCAAUUCAUCUAUCCCAUUCAGAAUCUGGGGGUAG